AAUCAUUUUUAUAGUUGUUAUUGAGUUGGGAUAAAGUUGACGGUGGCAUCGCUUUCCCUUUGGACCCUGCUUCUGGUUGGGCUUGGUGGAAUAAUGCUUGUGAGGAGCCUGGCGCCAGUCUCCUCAGCAGUCCCCAGCCCGUUUAGGUCGCGUCUUUAUCGUGUAACUCACAACGCUCGCGCGAGUCACACAACCAUGGCCCUUAACUAUGCUAGGCCUAUUGAGAUCCCGCCUGCGGGACCACAUACAAGUACAUUUAUAAUGCUGCAUGGCCUGGGCGAUACUGGCGAUGGCUGGAGCGACAUCGGGUACAUGUUUAAGCAAUCGCUACCUGGAACGAAGUUUAUCUUCCCGCACGCGCCGCGCCGUCCUAUUACCCUCAACUAUGGCAUGUCCAUGCCCGGAUGGUACGACAUCCCGUCGUUGGAAGAAAUCCAGCGGUCUGAGGAUGCAGCAGGGCUCCGAGAGAGCCAGCGGUACGUGGAGGAGCUGGUUCAGAAGGAGAUUGCGGCGGGCGUUCCCUCCUCCAAGAUCGUCGUGGGCGGCUUCUCGCAGGGCGGCGCAGUGGCGUUCAUGAUGCUGCGCUCCAACACCAAGCUGGGAGGCAUUGUGGCUCUGAGCAGCUACCUGCCGCUGCACAAGGAGCAGCCGGUCAUCUCGGAGUCCAACGAGAAGACGCCCAUCUUCAUGUGCCAUGGCGACGCGGACCAAGUGGUUUCGUUUGACUUCGGCCAGCGCAGCUACCAGCUGCUGUCCAGCAUGGGAGCCAACGUGGAGUUCCAGACCUACCUGGGCAUGGGGCACUCGGCUUGCCAGCGCGAGUUCGAUGACGUAUUGGAGUGCGUGAAGGGCUGGCUCGGGGCCUAGACAGCCGGCCUAGACAGCCGGCGAGGGACAGGUGGUGCUCGACAGCGGAGGCGGAAGUCUGCACAAGAGCCGCGACAGUGCAAGAACUGCAGCGUUUGACAGUGUUUGCAGUGCUUUCAGCGGGGAGCUUAAGAGCAGUGGCAAGAGGGGCCGCAGAGAAGGGAGGCGAGGGGUGAUGGCGUGGCGCUAGAUUUCGGCUGGACUAGCCAACAAGCGGUAGCAGUCUCAACGUUGAUGGGGAAUUGGCUGCUGGUUGGUCCUCGGUGUUCUGGCUCGGUGGGUGCACUCCCAGGGCGGGCUGUGUGGCAGGGUGAGCGGCAGUAAGCUCGUGUGAGUGCUGGCGUGCGGUUGCGUGCACACUAGGCGUGCUUUAGGCUUUGUAGCAGCAUGGCAAUUGGGCUUGCACAUUCACCCCUUGCGGCCUUCGAAUCAAAGUUUGUCUGACUCGAUAUGCUUUGGUCCUUGUAAGCUACCAACGUGG